CAUUAACAAACAAAGAAAAAGUCUACAAACCUCAGGUUCCAACCCUCCUCCAUUUCUCCAAAACGCCGCCAUAGUUUUCAAUCAGCUCGACCUUUCACCACGAUCAUUCAUAUAUGUAUAUGCAUAUAUGGUGGCCAACGAAUCUUGAAUCGGUUUUUUCAUUCUGAUGAUCUAUAGCGGUGGAAUCACGGUUCGUAUUUGUAGAAAAUGCUUGCGAUUUGCAAAUUAGAUUCAAUCCCUAACCAAACACCUCUCUCUUCUCGCUAUGUCAAGGCUCUUGGCGAUCAGAAAUAUUAAGAGAACAGCACAAUUAAUCAGAACAAGCAACUGGGGAGUUCAUUCAGAAGAUGGGAAGCAUGGGUCAAUCGUCAGAUUUGGUUUAUACUGUUCCAGAUUCAGGAUACACUCUCAAAGCAUGUUCUCGAAUAGAGGGUUUGCUUCCGUCUUGGCAUGUAAAGCCAAAUGUUGUUUUAGCAAGAACAGUUUUUCUAAAAACUAUUCUGUUAUCCCAGCCAAUAACACGAUGACACAUCAUGCCCAAAUUGCUUGGAAGAGGCUUUCAGAUAGUUCGUAUCGGAAUGGGCAAAUUUCUGGCAUAAGUAGGAUUGCUCAAGCAUUUAGUUUGGCUUUAAGCCGAUCAUACGUUGUUCUUCCUGGUAUAUUUGCCUUGACAUGUGGCAAUAUGGUGUUGGCAGAUGCAGGGUCAAACCUUGAUUAUCUUCAGCCAAGAAAUACUCUGUACAUGCGUGCUGAAAAUGGACAUGCAUUCUUAGUUUCAUCAUUACUUUCGGUAUUUGAAGGUCUAGUAUUGCUGUUCAGAGCUGUUUAUUUGGCAAUUUUGUUCUCACCCAGUAUGGCGAUGGCUCCAUUUGCAGAGUAUUUUGGGGCCUCGUCUAGACAAACGUGGCUUCAGCUAGUACGUCGUACUCUGGAAAUAGCAGGUCCUGCAUUCAUAAAGUGGGGCCAAUGGGCAGCCACACGGCCAGACCUUUUUCCUACAGACUUGUGCACUGAGCUCUCUAAGCUUCACAGCAAGGCUCCUGAACAUAGCUUUGCUUACACAAAAAAGACAGUUGAGAAGGCUUUUGGUCGUAAAAUUUCUGAAAUUUUUGAUGAUUUUGAGGAGGUGCCUGUGGCAUCAGGAAGUAUUGCACAAAUCCAUCGAGCUUCUUUGAAGUAUAGAUACCGUGGCAAGCGUAACAAGCCUUUAUUAGUUGCAGUUAAAGUUAGACAUCCUGGGGUGGGUGAAUCAAUUAGAAGAGAUUUUGAGAUUAUUAAUGUAGUUGCAAAGAUCUCUAAAUUCAUUCCUACACUUAAUUGGUUGAGAUUGGAUGAAAGUGUACAACAGUUUGCAGUUUUUAUGAUGUCCCAAGUUGAUCUUGCACGGGAAGCUGCUCAUUUGAGUAGAUUUAUAUAUAACUUCCGCAGUUGGAGAGAUGUUUCAUUCCCGAAACCUGUAUAUCCGCUUGUUCACCCUGCGGUUUUGGUAGAAACCUUUGAACAUGGAGAAAGUGUGGCACGCUAUGUUGAUGAGCUCGAAGGACAUGUCCGACUUAAGAGUUCUCUUGCUCACAUUGGGACUCAUGCGCUUUUGAAAAUGCUGCUGGUUGAUAACUUCAUUCAUGCUGACAUGCAUCCUGGAAAUAUCCUUGUUCGGAGCAAGUCAUCUCGUAAAGGGAUCUUCAAAUCGAAGCCUCAUGUCAUAUUCCUUGAUGUAGGCAUGACUGCUGAACUUUCAAAGAGUGAUAGAGUGAAUUUGUUGGAAUUUUUUAAGGCUGUUGCUCGUCGAGAUGGACGCACUGCAGCAGAGUGCACACUGAGGCUAUCAAAACAACAGAAUUGUCCUAAUCCUCAGGCCUUCAUCAAGGAAGUGACAGAGUCUUUCGAUUUCUGGGGUACUCCAGAGGGGGACAUUGUCCAUCCUGCUGAUUGCAUGCAUCAAGUGCUAGAGCAAGUGAGGCGUCAUAGAGUCAAUGUGGAUGGAAAUGUCUGCACUGUGAUGGUUACAACUCUGGUUCUUGAGGGUUGGCAACGGAAGCUUGACCCAGAUUACGAUGUUAUGCACACGCUUCAAACGUUGUUGCUGAAAGAAGACUGGGCGAAGUCGCUAACCUACACAAUCGAAGGCUUAAUGGCCCCAUAAAAGUUUUGUAAACCGCUACGUUUUUAUACAUGUUUUUGUAUUUUAGGUGUUGAGUUUUUAUAAGAUAUAAAGAAUGUGACAUUCUUUAUGAAAGGGACCAUGUUUGAAUUCAAUAUAUAACUAUAAAUGUAGUGAAAAAAAUCUUCAUCUC